AAAGAAAAAAAAAAGUCUGCUAAUUGCUAAUUGUAGGCGCCCUGAGGGCAGGUACUAUGACUUACUAAUUCUUAUAUACUUGGCGUCUGUUACAAAGACUGAUACAAUGCAGGCAGCACCCUAUAAAUACUUAUAGAAUUUUACUGAUGUGACAAUCACUUUAAUUAGUAAAAUAGCACACUUCUACGAUUCAAAAAGAAACAUGUCGGUACUAGAUAUUGUAGACAUUUUUCCCAAGGGAGCUUUUUCUUGACCCAACUCAGCCUAAAUUUUUAGUAGAAAAAUAUUAAUAAAGGAAAUAUAGAAAAUACCUUUCCAACAGAAAGAAUAAAAAGCAAAGAAAAAGGAUUUAAAAACGCAAAAGAGAAUAAAUGAAUACAAACCAAAAGAUUAGUGUAGCAAUGUCAGUAACAGAAAAAUAUGACUUAAGCAAAAAGUUAUAGUAGAAAUAGAGGAAUCUUAACCGAAAGAUAAAAAAGUUCACUUCACAGAAAAGCUGUCUCUAGGGCCCAGACUCCUGUGAGGCAAGAGAGGUGAUCGAGUCGUGAAAAUGCAGUCAGAUUUUGUUUUUAUUUAAAAUUGCAGCAUUUUACUAAUUAUAGACUUUUUUGCAUUAAUUUUUAUUUUUAAAAAUAUUGCAUCCAAAUAUUGCUUAUCUUCAUUACGGAGUUCUGUUGGCGGUCCCUUAAAUUCUGCACCUGAGGCUCGUGCCUCAUUUUAAUCCUGGCUGUGGACCAGGAGGGUACUUGGACGUCUGAAAACAUAACCCCAAGUGUUAUAUCACGUAAGUAGACAGAAAUGCAAGAAAAAAAAAAACUGGCAUAAUCCCAAUAACAGUGGGAGAUUUUAACAUACCCGCAUCAAAAGCUGACUGAUCAAUUAAAAAAAAAAAAACUAGUAAAGGUUAGGGAAUGCGCGCACAAUACAAAUAGUUUUUUCCUGCAGCUCUGUGAAGGGCAGCCCGCGGUAGGCUAGGCGUGGUCCUGGACGCCCCAGCCGGCUCCCCCGGGUCCAGGCGUGCGCUUGCCGGCGACGUGGGCGUCUGGGCAUCCGGCCGUCACGCGCUGCCUGGGACUCCAUCCUACCCUUCGCGUAGUACUUGUUAUACUUUGGCACCUUCUUCACGCCGGUCCUCUCCGCGCGCCAGUAGGAACCGUCCACGGCCUUAAAGAAGCCUCCUCACCAGCCAUACUUCCCAUUGCCUCCAGCUGUUGCACGGAGGUUUCACAUCAUAUUUCCAGAAGGCUCCUGGAAAGAGUGAAUAUGUGUCGCAUCCAGAGAGCUGAUGGGGAUUGUGACUUGGCUGCUGUCAUCCUUCAUGUCAAGCGCAGAAGAAUCUGUGUCAGCCCGCACAACCAUAUUGUUAAGCAGUGGAUGAAAGUGCAAGCUGCUAAGAAAAAUGGUAAAGGAAAUGUUUGCCACAGGAAGAAACACCACGGCAAGAGGAACAGUAACAGGGCACAUCAGGGGAAACACGAAACAUACGGCCAUAAAACUCCUUAUUAGAGAGUCUACAGAUGAAUCUACAGAGACAAUUCCUCAAGUGGACUUGGCCAUGAUUGGUUGUAAGUUUAUCAUCUGAAUUCUCCUUAUUGUAGACAACAGAACAAAACAAAAUAUUGGUUUUUAAAAAAUGAACAAUUGUGCAAUAUACAAAUGUAGCCAAUAAUAUACUCAACUGGAAAAUGAAAUGAAAAGAUAAUACUAGCUGGGUACGGUGGUUCACUCCUGUUAUCCCAGCACUUCGGGAGGCUGAGGCAGGAGGAUCACUUGAGGCCAGGAGUUUGAGACCAGCCUGGGCAACAUAGCAAGACCUCAUUUCUACAAACAAAAAAAAAAUUAGCCCAGCAUGGUAGUACUUGCCUAUAAUCCCAGCCACAUGGGAGGCUGAGGUGGAAGGAUCACUUGAGUCUGGGAGAGUUUGAGGUUGCAGUGAGCAGCCUGGGUGACAGAAUGAGACCCUGUCUCUAAAAAUAAUAAUAAUAAUGAUAGUGCUUAUCUUCAUAUAAUAUUUUAAGAGGAGCAUAUAGAUAUAACUUCUCCCAACUUUUUAAUUAUAGUUUUCCAAACUUACAGAGAAGUUAAAAGAAUGGUACAAUGAACAUCUAUAUAUCUUUCACCACAAUAUUAAUCAUUGUUAAUAUUGUGUCACAUUUGCUUUCUCUCUCCUCUCUUUGUAUGUGUUUCUAUAUAAAAUAUUAUAACUUUUUAAAUAUAUCUUGUUUGCUAAACCAUUUGAAAAUAAGUUGCAAACAUCAUGACACUUCACCCCUAGUUUCUUUUUGGUGUUAUAACUUGACAUACCCUAAAAUAAAGACAUUUUUCUACAUAAUCACCUUACCAGUUUUAUACCUAAAAAAUUAACAAUUUCAUCUAAUAUAUUCCAUAUUCAAAUUUUCCCAACUAUUUAGAGAGCACUUUAUGUAGUUUUUUUUUUCACUCCAGUAAUCAAUCAAGGUUGACAUACAUAUUGCAAAUAAUUGUUAUUUUUCUUUAAUAUCUUUCAAUCUAAGAAAGUUCCUCUAUCUUUUUUUUUUUUAUUUUUAAAAUUAUUUUGUUGAGGGAGGGUCUUGCUGUGUCUUCCAGGCUGGAGUGUAGUGGCACAAUUUUGAUUUUGGCUCACUGAAGCCUCAACCUCUAGGGCUCAAGCAGUCCUCCCACCUCAGCCUCCUGAGUGUCUGGGACCAAGGUGCAUACCCACCACACCUGGCUAAUUUUGCUUAUUUUUUGUAGAGACAGGGUCUCACUAUGUUGCCCAGGUUGGUCUCAAACUCCUGGGCUCAAGCGAUCCUCCCACCUUAGCCUCCCAAAGUACUGGGAUUAUAGGUGUGAGCCACAGUGCCUGGCCUAAUUAUUUUCUUAUGAUCAAAUUCAGGUUUAAUGUUUUUGGUUAAGAAUAUCCUAUGUGAAUUCGUAUACUUAUUUUGUCAUUUAGAGUUCAUAAAUAUUAGGGUUUAUUUUCUAAAUAGAAAAGUUUAAACUAAAUAUAACUUCAAAACGUCUAGUUUGAGUAGCUACCAUUGUUUGGAUUGAAAUUUUCUGAUACUGAAAAGAACAAAAAGCCUGCCUUGCUGCCCAGAACCUUUUGCCUCCCCCAGUCAGUUCUUGGAGCAGCACUAGUUAGGGGCCCAGAGUUCCGUCCUCUGUGUGGUGAUUUUACGCUCUGCCUUAACAAGGAGGCUACAUCUUUUAGCUCCUAUCCCACCCUUCUCACACCUUUUUGUUGUUGUUUGGUUGUUUUUUUUGAGACAGAGUCUCACUCUGUUGCUCUGGCUGGAGUGCAGUGGCACAAUCUCGGCUCAUUGCAACCUCUGCCUCCCGGGUUCAAGUGAUUCUCUUGCCUCAGCCUCCCAAGUAGCUGGUAUUACAGGCGCCCGGCCACCACACCCCGCUGAUUUUUGUAUUUUUAGUAGAGACAGGGUUUUCCCAUGUUGGCCAGGCUGGUCUCAAAUUCCUGAACUCAAGUGAUCCACCCGCCUCUGCCUCCCAAAGUGCUGGAAUUACCGGCGUGAGCCACCGUGCCAGGCUCACGUGUUUGAGUUGAUACCAUUGUGCCAUUCCUCUUUUGGCCUCUUUUUUGUCCAUAGAGGCUUCAAGAUAGGUAGGUAAGAGCCCAGUAGUGUUCACAAGAAGCCAGUAGAGAGCAGGAGCCACUGUAUCAGGUGGCAGGUGUCCUGGGCCUCCCUGCUGGCUAGUCUCAAGCAGUGGUGUUGCCAGGAUGUCUUGGAGGUGAUAAUGGGACACACAGAGGCACUGAGUCUCCAUAGGUUAAAAUGCCACCAAAACUGGCCUUUGCCUAAUAUCCCUCAUUGACUAUUUAGCAUUUAAUUUAUUUAUUUUCCUGACAUUUCUGCAAGCUUUGUAUUUAUAUUUCCACUUUAUGAAUGGGGAAACUUGAGGCUCUUAGAGGUAAACUGACUUGCCCAGGUCACACAGUAAGUGGCAGAGACGAGCUUUUUAAAUAAGAAAAAAUUAAUAAAAUAUAAUAUGAGAGUAACUUAAAAUAUUAAUAAACCACAAUUUUAAAUUAAUUAACCAUGAUAACCAACAUUAAUAAAAGUUAAUAUACCAAAACACUGGUGUCUAAUUCUUUCAACGAACAACUUGAAUUAUUUUCCAUUUU